AUGCCGCUCACCACCAAGCUCACGCAACGCCUCGGCAUCCAGCACCCGAUCAUUCAAGGUGGCAUGCACUAUGUGGGCUACGCGCCCCUCGCGGCCGCCGUGUCUAAUGCCGGCGCCAUCGGUGCCGAUGAUCGAGACUGCGGGAUCGCCAAAGCGGGCAAUCCAGACGUGUGCAUCAUCCACAAGUGCACCACCAUUCGCCACGCGCUCAAGGCGCAGGCGAUGGGCUGCGACAUGAUCUCGCUGGACGGGUUCGACUGCGCCGGCCACCCAGGCGAGACAGACGUCGGCAACUUCCUCCUGCAGCCGAUCGCCGCGCGCAAGCGCUCCCUUCUCCGCGUGACCAGCCGCGUCCACGAACGUGCGGAGGGCGUCAACCUCGGCACGCGCUUCAUGGCGACGGCCGAGGCGCCAAUCCACGACAACAUCAAGAAGGCGCUGGUGGCGGGAGACGAGAACUCGACGCAGCUCGUGAUGCGCAGCCUGAAGAACACGGAGCGCGUGUACAAGAACGCGGCGUCGGACGAGGAGGAGGAGGCGAAGGCGAAGCGCGAGGCGCGCGUCGCCGAGCGGGCCGACGAGUCCCGCCAGCUGCUGGUGCAGAUCGUCCAGCAGGAGGAGGCGGGGCCGAGUCAGCCAGUCGACAAGUCAGAGUUUGAGGCGCCGCCAGACGACGACGACGAGGCGGAUGAGCUGGAGCAGUUCGAGCGGUGGAAGGUGCGAGAGCUGCGGCGCGUGAAGCGCGAGCGGGAGGAGGCGCGCAAGGAGGAGGCGGACAAGGCGGAGAUCGAGCGGCGGCGCAAGCUGACUGACGCGGAGAGGGCGGCGGAGGACGAGGAGUUCAACCAGGGCCGUGCGGGGCACGGGCAGGAGAAGGAGCAGUGGAAGUUCCUGCAGCGGUACUACCACAAGGGCGCCUACUUCCAGGACGAGGACGAGACGGGCAAUGCAAAGAUGGGGCCAGUCAUGUCGCAGGACUUUGGCGCGGCGACCGGGCGCGACGCUGUCGGAGACAAGGCGGCGAUGCCGGCGCCGAUGCAGGCCGUCUGCUCGCUGCUCUAUGCGCUGCUCGAGGCGGCGGACGCGCCCCCAAACCUCUUCCUGAAGCGCGAGGCUGGCAAGCUGUUCCCCGACGGCUUCCACGAGGCCCUCAAGGAGCUGCUUGUCGAGCUGCUGUGA